AUGGCUCCCCAACGCAACGAUAAGGUCGCCAAGUCACCAGUCAACCUCGACCACAUCGCGCAGGCGGCAUUACUGCUCCGGCUGCCUACGGAGGUCAAAAAUAAAAUCAUCUUCCUCGUAUGCAUCGACACCAAGAUGGAUUACCGCCGGAAGCGACAAGCGCGCAGGCUCGUCGGUCUACCUCCGCCUCCAGUCCUGCGUCGAAAGCGACAAGUGCGCGGGCUUAAAGGCAUGCCCACGGCUCCGUUUCUCAUGACAUGCAAGCAGCUAUAUGCAGAAUCUGUCAAGCUAUUCUACGCACGUGCCACUUUCAACUUCGCCAAUAUGACCAGACUCCAUUUCUGGCUCGAUGUCGUCAAACGCGCCAGGUUGAAGCAUGCUAAGCAUGUCUUCUUGGAGGGACAUCCUGUCUUUCCCGAGGCUUUGCUUGGCGAAAAGGCCGAGAAAGGUCUGCUGGUGAGUUUCAAAUGA